AUGACCGAUACUAAAACCCAAAAUGCAAUUUCGUUGAAGGGAUCGGCACAACUAGUCAAAGAGUUCUUUCACUAUGGCUUGAAUAGCAUUAUGUACCAACGGGCAUUAUACCCAUCGGAUACAUUCAAAAGGGAAAAACGUUAUGGAUUAACACUUCUUGUAACCAAUGACAAAAAGCUUCAAGCGUUUCUUGAACCUCUACUUCAACAAGUUGAAUACUGGCUUUCCAAGAAAAAACUUAAAAGGCUUGUAAUGGUCAUCUCAGAAGUCAAAACGAAGGAAGUCGUAGAGCGGUGGCAAUUCGACAUUCACACAGAAGACGUCGAUGAAGAAGGAGAGAACGCGACUCGUCAGAAGGACGAGAAGAAGAUCCGUCAAGAGAUCAGCGAUGUUCUCAGACAAAUAACCGCAUCGGUCUCAUUUUUGCCUUUGCUCGAAGAGCCGGUGUCAUUCGAUGUGUUGAUCUACACCGGAAAAGACACUGAAGCGCCGGAAGAUUGGACAGAAAGCGGUGCGUGUCUCAUCGAAAACUCGGAAUCUGUUCAACUUCGCUCUUUUUCGACUUCGGUUCAUGCUGUCAAUACUAAUGUGCAGUACAAAGCGGAUUUGUAA